GCUGUUCCUGCAAACGCAGCAGACCUCCUGCUAUAUAGACCCGCGCGCCCAGCCCUACACACCCAACAGCACCAUCCCAUCCGAACCGCCAACACCAGCCAUGGGGAAGAUCACCUUCUAUGAGGACCGCGGCUUCCAGGGCCGCCACUAUGAGUGCAGCAGCGACCACUCCAACCUGCAGCCCUACUUCAGCCGCUGCAACUCUGUGCGCGUGGACAGUGGCUGCUGGAUGCUCUAUGAGCAGCCCAACUUCGGAGGCUGCCAGUACUUCCUGAGGCGUGGGGACUACCCUGACUACCAGCAGUGGAUGGGUUUCAGCGACUCCAUCCGCUCCUGCCGCCUCAUCCCCCACGCUGGUUCCCACAGGAUCAGACUGUACGAGAGGGAAGACUACAGAGGCCAGAUGGUAGAGUUCACUGAGGACUGCCCCUCUCUCCAGGACCGAUUCCACUUCAACGAGAUCUACUCCCUCAAUGUGCUGGAGGGCUGCUGGGUCCUCUACGAGAUGCCCAACUACCGGGGGCGGCAGUACCUGCUGAGGCCGGGAGAGUACAGGCGCUACCAUGACUGGGGCGCCAUGAACGCCAGGGUGGGCUCUCUGAGGAGAGUCAUGGAUUUCUAUUGAAUUGGUUUUUUACUCUACCCUUUCUCCAUCUGGAAGCUAAUAAAAUAUUUUCUGUGUGUUCCCGCACUGAUUCGCU